AUGUCGCCGUUCCGCACCGUUUCUUUGGCUCACAUCUGUUUGGUUCUCUUGUUUUUAGCAACCACAUUGAGUGCAUUCUUGCAGGAUGAAGUACCAUUACUAACGGAAACUGAUGGAGUAAGUAUUACGGUAUUUUCUAUUCGAAAACUUAUUUAUUUUACUAUACCUUACUUUACCUUAUCUUACUGUCCCUUGUCCUGCACUGUCAUUCAUACAAAACGCUAUAUCCUACCCUACCCUACCCUACCCUACCCUACCCUACCCUACCCUACCCUACCCUACCCUACCCUACCCUACCCUACCCUACUCUACUCUACUCUACCCUACCUUACCCUACCCUGCUCUACCCUACCUUACCUUACCUUACCCUACCCUACCCUACCCUACCCUACCCUACCCUACCCUACCCUACCCUACCCUACCCUACCCUACCCUACCCUACCCUACCCUACCCUAUUCUACCCUACCCUACCUUACCCUACCUUAUUCUACCUUACCCUACCCUACCCUACCCUACCCUACCCUACCCUACCCUACCCUACCCUACCCUACCCUACCCUACCCUACCCUACCCUACCCUACCCUACCCUACCCUACCCUACUCUACCCUACCCUACCCUACCCUACCCUACCCUACCCUACCCUACCCUACCCUACCCUACCCUACCCUACCCUACUCUACCCUACCCUACCCUACCCUACCCUACCCUAUCCUACCAUACCCGUAUUCUAUUCUACCCUUUCUAACCUUACCUUAUUUUACCUUGGUUUAACCUACCCUACUCUACUCUAUUUUGCCUUACCUUAUCUUGUUAUACAUCACCUGGGUCUACCCAGUCUUGUUUUACGGUUCUCAUAACUUAUUGUGGCAUGCCGUAGCUUUUUGUACGUUACUAUGCUUUAUUUAUUUACAUUGUGCCUUACCUGACCCUAAUUUAUCUUGGCAUACUUUACUUUGCCUUACUAUACUUUAUUCUACGUUUUUUCCUCAUCUUACUCUACUUUAUUUUAUCACAUCAUACGAUACUCUACAACACUCGUUCUAUAAUAUAAUUCUUUUCAUCUUAAUACAAUAUUACUAUAACAAAUUAUAUUUUACAGAUGGCCAAACGAGCAAUCAACCCGUUUAUGGACUCGAUUGGCAAAAGAUCGUCCGGCUCUCUGUUCAUUCCUUCUCACCGCUUCUACCGCCACUACUUCCAACGCCCCACCAGAUACUUUGACUCGUUGGCUGGACAGUCGCUGGGAAAGUAG